AUGACAAAUCCAAUCCCCAUCGAGAAUAGCAUGUCUUCCUUUUGGCGGUCGGAGCCUGAUCCUUUGGACAAUCAUCGUUCCACUGAGUUCCUGCCUGAAACCUGCGACAUUGUUAUCAUUGGAGCAGGUUAUGCCGGAGCAUCGACCGCUUAUCAUUGCCUGGACCGCGCAGCAGCCAAGGGAACAGUGCCCCCAUCUAUCGUCAUUCUUGAAGCACGACAGGCUUGUUCGGGGGCUACAGGACGCAAUGGCGGCCAUCUCAAACCUGAUGUAUACAGCCGGGUCGGCAACCUGGCCAAUGAGUACGGGGUCGAGGCAGCGGCCGAAGUGGCGGCAUUCGAGAUGGAACAUGUCUCUGCGGUGCAGGCAUUAGUAGAGAAGGAGAAGAUUGACUGCGACAUGGAGGUGGAUUACGUGUGCGAUGUGCAUUACGAUCCAACCCAACUCGCCAAGGUGAAGGCGGGUUUUGAUUCUCUGAUCGCUAAGAGGGUCAAGACGGUAGAAGAUGUAAAGUUUACUGGACUUGAGGAUGCCGAAGCUGAAUCGGGUGUUAAAGGAGCCCGAGGCUGCUUUCGUCAACGCACCGGGCGACUCUGGCCGUACAAGCUCAUCAUGCACCUUCUCAAGCGUGCCAUUACUGCUGGGGUGAACCUUCAAACCAACACCCCUGUCCGGCACAUCUCUGAAACUCCGGAUGCUGAUGGGAGGUGGAAAGUCACCACUGACCGGGGCUCGAUCCGCACCCGAACGCUUAUAUUCGCGACCAAUGCAUACACCGCCGCUCUCGCACCGCAGUACAAGGACAAGAUCGUCCCGGUGCGAGGCUUCUGUAGCCGCAUCGUCGUUCCCAACCCGCCUGCUGUCCCCUUGGAACGUUCGUAUACUCUGCGCUUCAAUGCCUGGGACUACGACUACUUGAUACCACGUCCUGACGGGAGCAUCAUCGUGGGUGGCGCGAAGUCUGCCUUCUAUAAACAGGACAUCUCCAGUUGGUACCACAAUACUGACGAUAGUCGGGUCGUCGAGGAGACCGUGCAGUAUUUUAACAACUAUAUGCAACGUGUUUUCCAUGGCUGGGAGAACACUGGGGCGUAUACUGACCGGGUAUGGUCGGGAGUGAUGGGUUAUAGCAGUGAUGCUCUGCCGCAUGUUGGACAUGUGCCCGGGAAGCCUGGUCAGCUCGUGCUUGCUGGGUAUAGUGGUCAUGGUAUGCCGCAAAUUUUCUUAUCUGCGCGGGGGAUCGCACGCAUGGUUGUGGAUGGAGUGGCGUAUGAGGAGAGUGGAAUUCCACGGCUGUUCAAGACAACCCCAGAACGGCUGGCAAGUCGUCGGAAUGAUAUUCUGACGUAUCGGUUCGCCGACAAAUAUGUCGAGUAUGACUUUGUCGUGCUCUUCAUUGACCUUGUCUUGAUCAAACCACAGGUUUACCGUCAUCUGCUCUUUAACCGCUUAGGAGGCUAUGAUAAUCAAUUCGAUCGCUCAAUCAUCCGUCUCGGAAUCCUGCUGCUCCUAUUUGACGUCUAUCUCACCUGGGCUCGCAUCGAAAAAUCGCCCUCCAUCGUCGAUACUUUCCUCUGGCGCGCUCCUGUCAUCGUGCAAUACCUCUUCUUCCUCAGUCUGAACGCGCUUGCGACACUCGCUCACCAUCUUACCAUCCGUCUCCUUGCCUCAAUCCUCGCACCGACACCCCGGGGAUAUGCCGCAUCCACGCAGAAGAGCACUGCGAAUGCAAACAAUGGAGGAGCAGAGAUAACCCAUCCCUCCACUCCGGUGCUGCCGUCAUUUCCAUCCUCCCAGCUCUCCCCAACGAUAUCACCCGCACCCGCACCCGCAGCAACCCUUACCCUACCCAAGCUCGUCUCGCAAAGCUCAUCCUCCUCUCUUCCCGAUUCAACGACAACAGCUACCUCCUCCACCACUACCACCGGCACGGAGUCCCAAAUGCAGACCCCUGUCGCCCACUCCCCUCCGCCGCCGCUCCGCCGUUCCUCCACCACACCCACCCAGAACAUGACCAUGAACAUCCCUAUGGGGAUGAACAUCCAACCUCUACCCCCGCCCACCCCGGCAAGUCCCACAGCCAUUAGCACUGCCCUCCUCGUCAGCAGCUGCGCGAAGCUGUUCCCCAUCCUACUCGUAAUUUGGGGCCCUGACGGCAGCGGUAACGCAUUCACCACCACCACUGCCACUGCUUCGCACUAUACUACUGCUCAGAUUGGUAGCAGCAGCAGUGCCAAUCCCGGCCCUCAAACGGCCUUGUACAGCGUUCUCACUCCUGUCGCAACGAUCACGGGCGCCAUUGCAGCAGCUACGCACGAGCCCUCUACUUCCUCAGCCUCCAUGUCAACCUCAUCCUCGUCCUUGUCGCUCUCUUCCUCACUGCUAGAGAGCGUCAUUCGUGCACUGCCACAGUCCGUCUUCACGAGCCAUCUAGCCGGGUUCCUGGAGCUGAUGGGCUCGCUCCUCUCGCUCGGGGCGGCGGAUACGCAUCUCGUGCUGCUGAGCAACAUCGAGGCACUGUAUAUCUUGCUUGGAUGCGGGUACCUCCGGGCCGUGGCGUUGGCGGUGGCGGGCUUGGUGGCGCGGUGGUCAGUUCAGAGGGUGAUUUUGGGUCUAGUUGGGGUAGGUUAA